AUAUAGAAUAAAUAAUGAUUCUGAAGAAAACACAUCUUCGGAUGAGGAACAAGAACCUCCUUGUCGCUCAGUUGCACGGGCCGCGGGUGCCAUUUGAAGAGGCAUCGAAGAAAACAAAACGAAGACGUGUAGCCGAACUAACCACAGACAGAUCUGCAAAUGAACUUCAAUUUGCUGUAAAUGUCGUUUCUGGAAGCAAUCACAGUGAGGCCUCGCCACAAAUUUUUAGUUUUAGUACAGCUGAAGCUUUAGCCCUUAUGGUAGAUUUGGAUAUAUCCGCCGGUCAAGUUUUUAUUUAAAACGGAAAAUGCUGAUUUAGUGCGGAAUACGGAAAAGGAAAUAAUAACAAAAAUUGAAAAUUUGAUUCCUAUUGAGAUU